AUACGCGCGUUUUUGGCACGGCCUUCGGAUACGCGAUUAUUGAAUUACGUCAAAUUUUUCGAUGUUUCUUCCGGGUGUUCGGUCUUGAAAUAUGUUACAGUCGGAAUUGCUGCAACAAAUUUAAUACGAGUGGGAAACGAUAUUUCGAGACAGUCAACGCGCAAAUUCCCGAAUGCGAUUAGAGAUCAAUUUUUUCUUUUGUUCGGAACGGUAUCUCGUCGGAAAGAAAAGCGCUCGAAAACUAUUUUCAAAAUUCGCGAAGUUGGCCCCUCCGACGUAACUCCGACAAAGUUGUACAUACGUCAAGCCGGAGAAGGGGGAGGAGGAGGAGGAGCGAGAAAAGAGCGCUCCGAGUUAGUUCAAGCCAGUGUCCAAGCGAGCGAGUAUGAACAAGCAACGAAGAUUCCGGUGUUGAAACUAAAGCUCGUUGAUUACUUUCUCGGACGGUUGAAAACUCGUUGAUUACUUUCUUAAACGCUCGCCUUUAGACAGUCGUAAAAUGUUUUCCGUUUCUUUUUUUUUUUUUUUUUAUCUCUUGCUGCGAAAGUAGCUUCUCUUUUUCGCGUAAGAGAUUUUGUUUUCCUCCGAUAUCGGAGUCACAUUAAACAUGUAGCGUCAUUCAAUUACGAUCCGCUCGUUUCUCGCACGUUUCCGACACCAACGACGACGAGGUGACAACAACGAAGACGGUUGACGUACGCAGCCAACAAUCGAUUUGAAAAUGGCCAAGAGCGCCGAGAGACCCGGUAGUUCCACCAGACUCCGAACCAGAGACGACGGCUGCUGUUCCGUGAACUUCUUGAAAUACGUUCUUCACAUUUACAACGUGGUGCUCUUCCUGUCGGGACUGGUGGUGGGUGGUAUCGGUAUCUGGACGGUGGUGGCGAAGCACAGCUACAUAUCGCUCAUGUCCACCUCGACGUAUCCCACUUUAGCCUACGCCCUUAUCGUCGCAGGUGUGCUGGCUGUCAUCGGUAGCUGGAUCGGAUGUGGCGGCGUAACUUCUGAAAAUCGAUGCGUCCUCCUUGUGUACAUCUUCGUGGUAAUGGCGGUGCUCGUUCUGGAGGCCGGGGUCGGUGCGCUGGCGCGUCUCUACGAGGAGCAAGUUGGUCCCGAACUGAAAAUGAAUUUGAAUCGCACCUUCCUCGAGAACUACUCGGUGCGAUCCCGGGAAACCGCGGCCAUCGACCAGAUGCAAAAAGAAUUUAAAUGCUGCGGCGCCUUGAGAUUCGAGGACUGGCAAGUGAGCGAGUGGCAUAAGGACGAGGAGGUUCUCAAGAACGGCAGCGUCGUGCCUGACAGCUGCUGUAAGACGCCCACGUUUCUUUGCGGGAGGAGGGAUCAUCCCUCCAAUAUUCAGUACACGGGUUGCAUUUACAAGUUCCUGGAGACGACAAAGGACCAUCUCAUAAUACUGGGCGCCGUCGGGCUCGGUUUGUCGGUCCUCGAGCUCUUCGGUAUCGUCCUUGGCUCUUGCCUUUACAUAAAGCUCAGACACGAUUUCGAUGACUGAGAAUUGCUUCAAUGCCCCGAGGGCAACAACAACGGCCAGUCGUGGUGCAGAUACAUGCAGAACAAUCCGGGAACCGUUUGAUUGUCGGAGUCGGUACGGGAGGAUAUGCGAUUAUAAAUUGCGCGCGAGUUCGUUCGGACGAAAACGGAUCCUAAGCGCGGAUGAUCCUCACGUUUGCAACUUUCUUCCUCCCGUACCCACGAAAAUCUAUUGUUAACAAAGUGAAAACGAAGACGUCUCGAAAAGGACACGAUGAACAUUUGUUGUCUUUGUCGAACAUGUCGUGCCACUCUACUCGCAGCGAUCGAGCUGAAAAAUAGACAAUCAGAAAAGAAGGAAGAGUAAGGUAAAAAAAUUUACGCAUAAGAUUCUCAACGUUUUUGUGAUUUGACGGAAAAUUUCUGUGCGUCGAAGUGAGUGUGAAGUUCGCGCGCAUUGUCGACAGCGUGAAAAAAAAAAAAAAUUAAAUUCCCUUUAAAAGACGGGCGAUGUUGCGAAAUACAAAGAGAAGCGGAAAUGAGCUUUUUCUUUAUUUCGUAAUGCCAUUUCUCUCGUACAAUUUCGAAAUUUCUAUAAAUCCCUGUGGCAACAAGUUUAAAUUUGACUUCGUGCCAUCGGAGUAAGGAGAAGAAAGAAAGAGAAAUUACACACAUUAAAUUGUAGUUUUAAUAAAGAAGCCUAUAUACUAUAUAUAGACAUAUUUGCGAUACACUGGACCAGUUAAAAAUUAUCAAGAAUAAUUGUGUAUCUACGAUCGUUUUCAAUCAGCUUCUUACGACUAGCCCGACUACAGUUUUCGCUGUCAAUGACGUCUAAAUAUUUUCUGUGGUAUUUUCUCCCGGAUAAAAAAAAACAAAAAAAAAAAAAAACAAAAAAAAACAAUUUGAGGCAAUAUGUAUAACACGUGACAACACGUCGUCGUCAGCCGUGACGUUAAAUAAUACAUAUAAGUGUGCACCAGACACCUCUCACUUCAGCCAAACGUAACAUACACAACGCAUACAUGUACGGUCGAUUGCAUAAAUGUGACCGAAGACAAGGUGAUGCCAAUAAUAAUUUAAAUAAUGAACGAUAUUGUUUGAAAGGCAUUACAUUUUCUGAUAAUUUUACGUGUUCUGAGGCAUUUGUUGUUGUUGACCGCGCAUGUACGUGUGUGUGUGCAUUUUGUAGCCACGGCAAAAUCUCGCGCCGACUUCUCUCAAUACUGCCAUUGAAAACUUGCACAAUGUUUUAAUCACGAGUACAAGUAUAGAAGGUAGCGCCGUGAGAGAUGAUUUUUUUUUUUUUUUUUUAAUUAUACUCAAGAUUACAGAAACAAUUACAGGUGCAACAGAAUCCAAAGAAGUUGAACGCAUUUCGGAAUUUGCACGUAUUUAACAUCGAUGUUUGUUUGAUUGCACGAAUUACACUUGGAUUUUCACGUGAGACAUUGAGAAACUCGUCGCAUUUGUGUUGUUUAAAAAAAAAAAAAAAAUGGCAGCGUCUUAUCGGUCGCUAUCUCCGAACAGAAGUGCGACUACCUUCUAUAUUUAGGUACAGGUAAACUCUCGCUAAAGGUUUCACCGUUGGAACUGACAUUUUGCGCUAUUGGUUCAUUUCUCUUUCGUACCUACUACAGGUCGGUCGUAAUCUUCUGCCGUGCUCUGCGUAUGCACGACCGCCAACGAGCACGUACGAUGAAAUAUCGGCACGUUAAAAAAAAAAAAAAAUACAUAUGAAUCUACAGUGAGAAGAAUUUUAAACCAAUAGCGAGAGAGAGUUUGCACGAUUUUAAACUACCAAUUGUAAGUAUUUACUAGCGUAGUAAAAGCCAUGACGAAACUAUUAAACUUUUGCGUUUUAAGGAGGAGCACGUGUGAGUUUUUCUCGCACUUAAAAAAAAAAAAAAAAAAAAAAGAAAAAAACAAUGAUCUGGUCGGUCGAAUAUUGUCAAUUUUUCUGCGAUCAAGUCGCGUCAUCGAUUCUACGUCUGUUGCAUUUAUUCUUGCGUAUUUUGCAACGAAUCGAUAAUAAUAGAAAAAAAUUGAAAAAUUAUCCGAUGUAAACUCGAUGAGUCGAUUUGUAUCGGACGUUAAAAA